AUGAAGAAUGAAAAGAACGAGUUGCUCCCAACUCGAAACAUCACGUGGUGGCGAAUGUGCAUUGACUACCGAAGGCUGAAUCAGGCUACAAGAAAAGACCACUUUCCUCAGCCCUUCAUGGACCAGAUGCUAGAGAGGCUAGCCGGCCAAGCCUACUAUUGUUUUCUAGAUGAGUACUCAGGUUAUAAUCAAAUAACUGUUGAUCCAAACGACCAAGAGAAGACCGCAUUCACUUGCCCUUAUGGG